CAAGUGAGUGAGUUCCUAAGGGAUGUGUCUGUGUUGGCUGACGCUCAGAGGGAACUGGUCAUCAUAAAUGAGAAGAUGAAUAGAGGGAUACAAAAUGAGAAGUCUUCAACAUUAACCCACAGUGAUAUACUUGGUGAUAGGAUUUUCUGGUGCCGUGAAGCUGAGCUGCACAUGCGAACCAUCAUUGAAAACAAGGACCUGCUGAUUUACCAUCUCCAACAACCUUUAAUUGCAAAUUUCCUCACAAUGCAUCACCAAUAUCACAAAGACUUAAUUAUAUUGACUGGAGAACUAGCAGAUAACUUAAAUAAUGUUUGCUUUCACAUACACCUGAUAGAGGACCAUGCUCAGGACUCUUUCCUUCAAAGCUCAAACACGUACAUCAGCCACGUUACAAAGAUUGUAACAGAUUUGAGAAAUACACUAAGUGACAUCACAAACCUUCAAGCUUUAGUGAUUGGGAUGCUUGGAGCUCAAGAGUAAAGCAUAGACACACACACACACACACACACACACACACACACACACACACCCACCCACCACACACC